GUUUUUUAUCGCUUGGCUGCACGAGUUUAAUCUCUAAAUUUAUUACUGCGCAAUUGCGAUUAGAAUAUUACAAAAUACAAGCUUUUCAUAGAAUAAUUAAUUCCAUUUGGAUUUGAAUCCGUCCUCUUAACAAUUUGAUCUUCAAACUAAUAGGGCCUCCUAUCCAAAUAUACCGAACACCUGUAACAAUUACAUCGGAUCUUGGGCGAUCCUUGGUAGAUGAACUGUGACUCAUCACUACACGUGUUUGCUAAUGACUGACUAGGGAAUCAAAACAAAGCGGAGAUUAAAUGGCAAGUGGGUUUGCCUAUAAAUGGAGGGGUUUUUCGAGGUAAGACGAUAGUAACCUCGGGGACCCAACCUUGAAUAUGAUGAAUCGCCUGACCCUUCUGGCACUGGUUGCCCUGAUUGGAAGCUGUAGCGCUGCGGAUGGGGAUAUCAAUGUCUGCUCCAAUGUGGUCAGCAAUCUCUUUGUGCCCCAGGUGGGCAACUGCAGCAAGUACUACCUGUGCAUGAAUGAGGUGGCUGUGCCCCGUGAAUGCCCUGAGGGCUACUUCUUCGAUGCAAGGGAUCAGGAAUGUGUGCCACUGAUGGAGGUGACCUGUAUUGGAUCCUGUAAGAACCGUGGUCUGUCAUCCUUCUGCUACGAUCGCACCUGCACCAAGUACGUUCUCUGCUUCGACGGCACUCCGGUGAUCCGCCAGUGCUCCGAUGGACUCCAGUACAAUGCGCUGACCGAUCGCUGUGACUAUCCGCAAUACGUCGACUGCGUGGACAACCUGUGCAGCCGGAAUAACAACCCGGAUGACAUCGUUUACAUUGCCAGCAAGGCUCGCUGUGACAAGUACUACAUUUGCAUGGACGGUCUUCCUCAGGUUCAGAACUGCACAAGUGGUCUGCAGUACAAUCCAAGCACCCAGAGCUGCGACUUCCCCUCGAAGGUCAACUGCACGGUGGAGAGCCUUCAGCGGAAUAUCCUACCCUUCGCCAGAGCUCCCCCACGCAGUGCCGACAUCGAGUGUCCUUCGGAGGGCGCCCACUUCAUUGCCCACCAGAAGCGUCAGGAUGCGUACUACUACUGCCUGAAUGGUCGUGGAGUCACCUUGGACUGCACACCCGGUCUGGUUUUCGAUGCCAAGCGCGGGGAGUGCCGGGAACCAAGCUUCGUGGGCUUCUAGUUACUCGAAAUAAAGAUCCAGUUCGAUUUCAA